CUCUCUCAGUUGGCAAACUUGGGAAAUGCCUUGUUAAGCCGUUUUGUGAAGAGCGAUUUAGUUUCGUACCUGAAUCGCAACGAGAAGCAUAUCUGUCGGAAUUAUAAAAAAAAUAAAAAAUGGAUAAGCAUAUUCCCCUGGAACAAGUACCGCCAAGUUACAACGACAUCCAACCGGUCCAUCCAAAUCUUAAUCAGACACAGCCGUUGAUUAUGGUACAGCCUCAGCCUAUGCUGACACUCCCGAAUGUGUUGGGCAAUUUUCCAUCAACUGCAACGUGUCCUAGUUGCGGGGUCCGUAGCAAAACCAAUGUUGAAAUUGAGCCAAAUACCAAGACUCAUUUGAUAGCUCUGCUUAUCUGUGCGCUUGGUGGAAUUUGCUGUUGCUGCAUUCCGUACUUGACCGACUCCUGUCAGUCGGCCAAACACACCUGUAGUAGCUGUGGAGAGUAUGUGGGAACCUACAGGAACUAGUGAUCAUCUGCGAGUGCCAAACAUCCUCAAGAAACUGUACAUUUUGAUUCCUUUAUUUAUUGAUUAAUAUGAUUAAAUAAAUAAAUAAUUAGCUGUAAACAACAAA